GCGUGAGCGAGCAGUAGGGGGCGUGUCGAGGUGGACGCGCGCUGUGAGGAUGUACAUCAGCGUAGUUUCCACGAUGCAUUUGACAAGCUAACGCCGCUCCGCUCGUGUCAUAUCCCGGAGAACCGACUUCCGUUGAAGCAUAGCGCUCUCUUUGACACUUCGGGUUUAUUUGUAUCUUUCGGCCGGUUAUAUCGACGCAGGUUGGCAUCCUGGCACGGAACAUGAACAUGGCCGCGCUGCUCCCCGAGGUUCGAGGACUUCAGACCGAAGAGGAUGAAUCCAGAAUCUUAAGGGUGAAAGUCAUUGGUGGAAUGGGUUUGGCCAAGAAGGACAUUUUGGGUGCCAGUGAUCCUUACACAAGAAUCUCGCUCUAUGACCCGGUCAACGGAGAAAUCACCAGUCUACAGACUAAAACUAUUAAAAAGACGUUGGAUCCGAAGUGGAAUGAAGAAUUCUUCUUUAGAGUGCAUCCCAGGAAACAUCGUCUGCUGUUGGAGGUGUUUGAUGAAAAUCGUUUGGUGAAUGGGAGCAGGAAAAGCACGCUUCAGAUCUCCUUGCAGCCCUGCAAGCAGAGUGGAGACGCGGACGGCAGUAGUGCCGGGGAGGAUGGAGAGCUCGGCGGAAACGGGGAUGGAAGUUCCUGUUGCAGCAGCACCACGAGCGAUGCCGGUUACUGCAGCAGCAACAGCAUAUUCGAAGCGGACCUCCCAGAUCGCAAGCCGAUCUCUCGGCGGAAGGCGAGGGCACCCUUGCGGCGCUGCUCAUCCCUGGUGAUCUUCCCACGGAGCCCGUGCACCACGCCACCCGCCUCCCCCGUGAGUCCAAUUGCAUCUCCCAUGAUUCCCCCGCUGCCUCCAUCUGCACGGAGUUCCUUUCAGACCUCUCAUCAGAUGCAGCUGUCCAGCAUUGAUGCGUCGCACGACGACAUGCAAGCGGCGUCCAAGGGAUCCGUCGCCACUGCAGUUAAUGGUGUGCGGCUGUCCAAAAGCAGUACGUCAGCAGAGCACAGGGACGCCAAACCCAUCGUGCAUUUCAGCGUGCCUCCGGAACAACCACCAGGACCAGAGCGGACAGAAAGACACUCCAGCGUUUUAUUGCACUUCGCAAACCAGAGACCGCUUCCCUCAGGGAAAACAAGUUCAGCCAAAACAAAGGUUAACAUUGACUGUUCCAAACCUCUCGAGGGCCCACAAACCGACAACGUCCCGGAACCUCAGAAGGCGAAGCUUUUCCGUAGCACCUCAGCUUGUAUGCUGCCAAACGGAAGAGCGUCGUCAACAGAAAGAAGACACGACACUUUUCCGACUAGUGGUAAUUCGGAUCAGUCCUUAAGAAAAGGCUCUCAUCGCUUUCUUCACAGGAGUAUUUCUUUGGAGUUACCCUGUGCGAACGCUGAGAUAUCUUGUCACGUUUCAAAUGCAGCAGACAUGCACUCCAAAAACGGCCCUCCGCACGUACACAUCCAUGUAUCUCAUGGCACAGGUGCACGAAAACCAAACACCCUACAGGACAACAGCACAAACGACAAACCGGAUCAUGUUCCAACCUGCACAGAGAGAAAUGCCACCACGAGGGAUGACUUCCUCGGACAAGUGGAUGUUCCUCUGCACCAGAUUCCUACAGAAAAUCCAAACAAUGAAAGGCCGUACACUUUCAAGGACUUCCUGUUGCACCCGAGAAGUCACAAGUCGAGGGUGAAAGGUCAUCUCCGACUGAAGAUGACAUACCUGCCCAAAAACAGCGAUACAGAGGACGACCCUGCUGAACAGAACGAGAAUCUGGAUCCUGGUUGGGAGUUUUUGGAGCCCCAUGAAUUAUGCAGUCCUCAUCAUCCCCAUCAGCUGCCUGCGCUGCCCCCUGGCUGGGAGGAGAGGCAGGACAACCUGGGACGAACAUACUACGUCAACCAUGAGAGCAGGACCACACAGUGGCACAGACCCACCAUCCAGGACACUCAAAGAGACAAUGAACAGAGACAGGAUACACACAACGAGUCCCAGCGGGCGUUCCUCACACGCAGACAAAUAUCUGAACAUGACGAGAACCACGAGCGCAGAGAGUCACCUGAGAGCUGGGAGAUCAUAACGGCAGAUGAGUCCACGCUGUACAGCCUCAGCGAGCGCUCGCCGCCGCCCCCGCACUCCCCAAUGGAGUUCACGGGAUUCUGUGAGGAGUUCAGCCGACUGCAGCCAGGAAACGACAGACGCGCGUCCCUCACGCCGCAGGGUCACGGCAGCCGCAGAGGAAGUGGACAGACCCUCACAGUGGAAGAGCAUCCUGUUCAUCCCGUGUUAUUACCCACCUCUGCCGGGCUGCCUCCGGGAUGGGAGGAAAAGCAGGACAGUAAAGGGAGACUUUAUUACGUCAAUCACAACAGCAGAAUCACGACCUGGACACGGCCACUCAUUCAGCUCAUACAGCCACCCUCUGAGGCGGCAGCAGCAGCGGUGACGGGCGGUGCCAUGUCUCUCUCCCAGAAUCCCACGGGCUACGCUCCGCCCCUGCUCUCCCCGGAUGUGUCUCCGCAGCACGCACACGCUCUCACGCCGGAGCACGUGGGACUGAUGCCGACCGGCUGGGAGGUGCGCAGCGCUCCGAAUGGACGGCCGUUUUUCAUAGACCACAACACUAAGACCACCACAUGGGACGACCCCCGGCUGAAGGUUCCCGUGCAAAUGAGGAGGAGAGUCUCCCUGGACCCCACUGACCUCGGCCCAUUGCCGCCUGGUUGGGAGGAGCGAGUACAUAGUGACGGCAGAAUCUUCUACAUCGAUCACAACACAAAAGUCACGCAGUGGGAAGAUCCAAGACUACAGAAUUCAGCCAUCACUGGUCCAGCCGUGCCUUACUCCAGAGACUAUAAACAGAAGUACGAGUACUUCCGCAAGAAACUGAAGAAACCGUCAGACAUCCCGAACCGCUUUGAGUUGAAUGUGAGACGUAACGCUCUUCUGGAGGACUCGUACCGACGCAUCCUGGCCGUCAAACGCUCGGACCUGCUGAAGGCCCGCCUCUGGGUGGAGUUUGAGGGGGAAAAGGGGCUGGACUAUGGGGGCGUGGCCCGGGAAUGGUUCUUCCUGAUCUCCAAGGAGAUGUUCAACCCAUAUUAUGGGCUGUUUGAGUAUUCUGCCACGGACAACUACACCCUGCAGAUCAACCCUAACUCUGGUCUGUGUAAUGAGGACCACCUGUCGUAUUUUAAGUUCAUUGGCCGGGUGGCUGGAAUGGCCGUUUAUCACGGGAAGCUUUUGGAUGCAUUCUUCAUCCGACCCUUCUACAAGAUGAUGCUGCAGAAGCCAAUCACGUUACAGGAUAUGGAGUCAGUGGACAGCGAGUAUUUUAAUUCCCUCCGAUGGAUUUUGGAGAACGACCCCACAGACCUGGACCUCCGGUUUGCCAUCGACGAAGAGCUUUUUGGACAGACGCACCAGCACGAGCUGAAGCCAGAAGGUGCUGAGAUUGUCGUCAAUGACACCAACAAAAAGGAGUAUAUUCAUCUGGUGAUGCAGUGGAGAUUUGUAGAUCGGAUCCAGAGACAGAUGACGGCCUUCAAGGAGGGUUUCUAUGAGCUGAUCCCUCAGGACCUGAUCAAGAUCUUUGAUGAAAACGAGCUGGAGCUGUUGAUGUGUGGCUUAGGAGACGUGGACGUCAACGACUGGAGAGAAAACACCAAAUAUAAAAACGGCUACAACCCAAAUCACCCCGCCAUCAUCUGGUUCUGGAAGACGGUGCUGCUGAUGGAUGCAGAAAAGCGAAUCCGUUUGCUGCAGUUUGUGACGGGCACGUCCCGCGUACCAAUGAACGGCUUUGCUGAGCUCUACGGAUCCAACGGGCCGCAGUUGUUCACCAUCGAACAGUGGGGCGCACGGGACAAACUGCCCCGAGCGCACACAUGUUUCAACCGGUUAGAUCUCCCUCCGUACGAGUCGUUCGAGGAGCUUCGUGAGAAACUGCACAUGGCGAUAGAGAACGCUCAGGGCUUUGAUGGAGUGGAUUAGACUCCGACUGCCACGGCAACAGCGUAACCAUGGCGACAGCAUCACGACUGUCGGGUUUAAAGCGGGCGGCACACGUGUGCGUGCGGCUCUACAGGAAAGAAGGACGACUGGCAAGACGAUCUGGUGAACACUGGUGUUAUGAAAGCUGAUCUGAUUCAGACUCUCGAGGACAAAUCUGUAUGUUUAUGAUGUUUACAGCAUAACGUUUUGUAAUGUACCUCUGCAUACGGCUGUAUGUUUCUACCUACAAUAUCUAUAGAUUUGAUCAUAUCUAUGCUUUUGAGCAUAAUUAAGGAAUUGUAUAUUUCUUAUAUGAGCUUUUAAGUCGCGCAUUUAUAGAUGUGAUCACGGCCAAGUGAAUAUUUCCCAAAAUACACAAUAUGAUGCCAUUAUGUUUUUGGUAUCUGUACAGGCAAUGUCAUUUUUUGAUUUUGAAUGUUUUUAAAAACGUAUCAAGUCAUCAUUAUCUGACUUUUCUCAAUAUUUGCUCUUAAUCGUUAUCUUUUCUCACUUUGACUUUGUUUACAUGGUUUUUUGUUUACAUAUACCCCACUUUUGAAAACCAUAUGAUUAUUAAAAUCACCUUUUUUUUUGUACUGCUUUUGAAGGUUGAAGCACUUUUCUAAAAACAAACGUUUCCAGUCUUACUGUACAUAGAUCACCUCAGUCAUGUGAUUUUGUGACGAAUCAUUGCUUUAAAUCAUUUUCUAAAUGUUUACAGCAUAAAUAUUGCUUAAAGUAAGCAUGUUUUGUCUCACGAGAAACGCAUCGGACUGUUAAAUAACUUUGCCUUCGUUUGUAAUAUAAACUAUUUGAGCAACUUUAAAUGGAGAAACACUUUUUUCGUCUGUACUGUUGUAUAAUUAGACGCUACUAUAUGAACUGCAUUUCUACAGCACUGAUGAGAGCGAGUUUCAGAAAGGGUUUUCUAUCAAAGUGUCUUUGAUUUUAAUGUAAAUUGUGCUUGUUUUAAUUGUCACGCCGAUCUUUAUGGCUGCGUAUUUUUGGACAAUUAAUAAAAUUAAAACGACUCUUUCCAUA